CGGGCGGCGGCAGCCGCGCCGCGGGCGGCGGGCGCCGGCGCGCCCGCGGGGCGGCGGAGGCGGAGGCGGAGAGCCCGCAGGAGCCGCUGGGCGAGCUGGAGGACCUGGCGGCCCCCGAGGCCUCCUCGGGCCAGUGGGGCCAGGGCGAGGUGAGAAGGCCGGUCCGCGCCGCCGGCGGCACGCGGGACGAGGCGUGCGACGUGGAGGGUCUGCCAGGCUCGCAGCGGGUCUUCUUGAAGACGUACGGCUGCGCACACAAUGGCUCGGACGCGGAGUUUAUGCUGGGGCUGCUGCGCGACUACGGGUACGCGCUGACGGAUCAGCUGGAGGAUGCGCACGUUUGCGUCGGCUGGUGGGAUUCUUGCACCGUCAAAGGGCCGAGCGAGGACAACGCGGUGAGCUUGGCAAGGCGCGCCCAGAAGGAAGGCAAAACCGUGGUGAUGACGGGCUGCGUUCCUUCUGGUGACAAGUCCAUCCCAAGUCAGUUGCCAGGCGUGAGCAUGUUGAGCGUGACGCAAAUUAACCGCAUCGUCGAAGUCGUGGAGGAGGCGUCUCGCGGAAGCGUCGUGCAGUUGUUGGGCAGUAGCCGGGUGCUCCCCUCCCUAGAGUUGCCCAAGGUGCGACGGAACAAUUGUGUGGAGAUCAUCCCGAUCAGCGGCGGUUGCCUUGGCAACUGCUCCUACUGCAAGACCAAGCACGCGCGGGGAAAGCUCUCCUCAUACACGGAGGAGGCCAUCGUCUCCCGUGCGUUGCAGGCGGCUGCCGAGGGUGCCAGCCAGGUGUGGCUCACCUCGGAGGACACGGGCGCCUACGGCCUCGACAUCGGCACGCACAUCGGCAGGCUCCUGCCCCGCGUGGCCGACGCGCUGCCGCCCGGCGUGAUGCUGAAGCUCGGCAUGACCAACCCGCCCUACAUGCUGGCGCAUAUCGACGCCGUCGCGGCCGUGCUCGGCCGCCCCAACGUGUUCGCGGUGCUCCACGUGCCCGUGCAAUCCGGCUCCGACAGCGUGCUGCGGGCCAUGAUCCGCGAGUACAGCGUGGCCGAGUUCCGCCAGCUGGUGGACGGCCUGCGGGCGGCGGUGCCCGACAUGCGGAUAGCCACAGACAUGAUCUGCGGAUUCCCUGCCGAGAGCGAGGAGGACCACGAGGCGAGCAUGUCGCUGGUGAGGGAGUACAGGUUCCCCGAGCUGCACAUCUCGCAGUUCUACCCGCGGCCUGGCACGGCGGCAGCGCGGAUGAAGGGUUUGCCAGGCAGCGUCAAGAAGCGGCGCAGCACGGAGAUGCACAGACUCUUCGAGUCCUACCAGACCUACGGCGACCUGCCAGGUCGGGAGGAGCGCGUCUGGUUCUCCGACACGGACGCGCGCUGGGGCCAGACGGUCGGGCACACCAAGACCUACGCCAAGGUCGUGGUCCAGCAGGACGACGCCCUGCUCGGGCGCAGCGCGCUCGUGCGGCUGGGGGCCGCGUCGAAGUGGCACGUGGAGGGCCAGGCGCGGGCGGCGAGGAGCAGGGAGCAGGGAGCAGGCGGCGGGAGGGCGGGACCUUGUGGGCGGUAGGCCAACGCUUCCCGCCCCCCCCCUGCCUCAGCGCUCCCUUCAGGCCCCAGCUAACUCACGCUUGAAUUACGCUGCGCCGAGAUGUCGGUGGUUGUUGCCUGGGCCCGCCGCAGGACACCCAGAUUGACUAUUCGAGGGUGUAGCGCUGGC